AUGAAACGCAAGGAGAGAGAUCGUAACGAGGACGAUGAGAGAGACACACCCCCAAGUAUCUUAGAUUCUCUCCCUCUUGAUCUAAAGCUGGCCACGCUGAGUAAAUUGCCUGCCAAGUCUCUUACGAAGACGUGGUCUUCCAUCAUCAGAAGCCGAGAAUUCAUCGAUUCUUACUACGCAAUGUCCUCAACAAAAAUCACGGUUUAUAGUCGCUUGGACUAA